GCCAGUGGCCUUUCUACAGAAAGGAAGGUGUUGUGCGCGCUGCGAUUCUUCGGCACCGGAAGCUUCCAGAGGAGCGUUGGUCGCGAGGAACACGUAGGCAUGGCACAGUCGGCCGUGAGCAGCACCAUUCACGAGGUGACGGAGGCCAUCAUUUCCGUGUCUGCCCGGCGAAAGUUGGUGGACUUUCCAUUAACACCGGCUGCCAAGGAUGAGGCAAAGGCGGCGUUUGCGCGACGCGGCGCCAUUCCAGGCGUGCUAGCGUGCGUCGAUGGCACAUUGAUCGCCAUUAUGAAGCCAGAAGGACUCAGCCCGGCUGACACGGCGAGCUUCAUGUCGAGAAAGGGUUAUUACGCCCUGAACGUCAUGGUCGUUUGCAAUGCGGAACUUCGCAUUCUUGUUGUGGACCCCCGGUUCCCUGGUUCGUGCCAUGACUCUUGGGUGUGGCAGCGUAACCCGCUGCGUGCACGCCUAGCCGCACAACUGCAGCCUGGCGAGUAUCUGCUUGGAGACUCAGGAUAUCCUCUCGAGCCAUGGCUGCUUGUUCCAGUACCUGGCAGCCAUGCCGGCACCACCUCUGAAGGCCACUACAACCAGGAGCACGCAUCCAUGCGCAAUGUUGUGGAGAGAUGUAUCGGGGUGUUGAAAAGCAAGUUCCGCUGCUUGCAGCGCUUUCGGACACUGCUGUACAGCCCCGAUAGAGCAGCGCGAAUCAUUUAUGCAUGCGUUGCUCUCCAUAACAUUGCCUUGGAGGCGGGCGACUGGACAUUGGACGAUUAUGGUGGGGAAGUGCCACCAGCUGAGGAGCCAGAAGAGCCAGGAGACACCCAGGUGCUGGCACCACACGACAUGUUCCUCAGAGGAAGGCAGCAGCGCAGCGCCGUUGUCAACCUUUUCUGAAGGACACAGGAAUGGUGCUCAGCGAUGUCCUGCGCUAUGGCGCGCACCUGUUCCAGGAUCCCCUCCUGGGCUGCUGCCGUCCGUUCUGCCGCGACAGCGAGGCGGGUUGUUGAAGCCUCGAUUCUGCGCAGCACCUGGAAUGAAUAAUCAUGGUGGAACUGUUCGCAUCAGUUGCUGAUUACUCGCAACCAGCUCACGACUGCAAGCUGCUGUUGCGAAGAAUUGCAACGUGCACAACGAUUCCCUCUCUGCUGAAGAGCCACUGGCCUGAUGGCAUUCUUUGGCAGUGUCAAGCGUCGCGUACAAGCUAUACCCUCUU